UAAGUACAUUAAGCCUUUCGAUCGGUCCUAUUCUGACAAUCCCGGCCCUAUGGUUGUGUUCGCCACUCCCGGUAUGCUUCACGCGGGUCUGUCUCUACACCUGUUCAAGAAGUGGGCGCCCAAUGAGAACAAUAUGGUGAUUAUGCCGGGAUUUUGUGUGCAAGGUACUGUUGGACAUAAGAUCUUAAACGGCGCCAAGAAAGUUGAAUUUGAAAACAAACAGUCGAUUGAUGUGAAAAUGUCGGUGCAGUACAUGUCGUUCAGCGCUCACGCGGACGCUAAAGGAAUCAUGACUUUAAUACAACAGUCGGAGCCCAAGAACGUACUGCUAGUACACGGCGAGGCCGCGAAGAUGGAGUUCCUGCACAAGAAAAUCAAACAGGAGUUUGAGAUCGAGUGCUAUAUGCCGGCCAAUGGGGAGACCGUUACGAUCGGCACGAAAGUCAGUAUUCCGGUCGACGUUGAGAUCGAUCUGUUGAAGCGAUCGUUGAAUUCGUCGAGCGAUAGCUCUGACCCGAAGCGUCCGAAACUACUUCACGGCACUCUUAUGAUGACUAACACAGGAACGGGACCUCAGUUCAGAUUAGUCGACCCCAACAAAGCCAUGCAAGAGCUCGGGAUCAAACCACAUGUCAUCCAAUUCACGUCAACUGUCAAACUCAAGGCAUCCAAUAGUACGCCACAAAAAAUCACUGAAUUUGUAUUUCAGAAGUUGAAAAAUAAACUCUCGGAUCAACACGACAUCAAACUUGCGAGUGACUGCUCUAUCAUAGCGUCCACAGCAAUGAUUAGAGUGAAUAAAGGGUCGGACAAUGAUCUGAAGGAAGUGUAUAUUUCGUGG